AUGCCAGCUGAAAAACCCUCCGGUUUCUCGGUGCUUCUGACGAGUCGUCUGUUGUUUCCGGGUUCCAGGUUGUGGCCAUCGGCAGCCCACUCGAUCGAGUGCCGUGUUUCAAAAACAAACUUGGAUGCCAAUGAGCAGGCCUCUCCAAUCCCGGGUUCCAUCCUGCUCGCCGGAGAAUUCGGACGGGAUGAAUCUGCCGCCCACGAAGCGGGUGAAUCGCUGCCUAUCAGAUCGGAAACCCGCAUCGAUCAGCGGAGCAUCUUUUCAGCCUUCUUUGACGACAACCGCCGUCUCUGGCGCCUAGUUUCCACAUUCUCAACAUCAGCCGCGAUCGUCAACAAACGCACUUGGUAG